AUGGCCGGGUGCGUGUCCAAGGUAGAGCUGUCGGUGUCCUGCCAGAGCCUCCUCGACAAGGACCUGGGCUCCAAGUCGGAUCCGCUCUGCGUCCUGCUCCAGGACCUGGGCGGGGGCCAGUGGGCUGAGCUGGAUCGUACAGAGAGGAUAAAGAACUGCCAAAACCCUGAAUUCUGCAAGAAACUGGUUGUCGAUUACUACUUUGAGAAAGUGCAGAAGCUGAAGUUCGGUGUGUAUGAUAUUGAUAACAAGUCCUUUGAUCUGAAUGACGAUGACUACCUCGGAGGGAUCGAGUGCACGCUGGGACAGGUUGUGUCCAGCUCUGUGUUCACCCGACCACUGGAACUGAAACAGGGAAAGCCAGCAGGAAAGGGCACCAUUACAAUUUCAGCAGAGGAGAUUAAAGACACCAGGGUUGUGUACUUGGAAAUUGAAGCCCAAAACUUGGACAAAAAGGAUUUCUUGGGUAAAUCAGAUCCAUUUUUGGAGUUCUACAAGCAGAGUGAUGCUGGAACAUGGCAGCUGGUCUACAGAUCAGAGGUGAUUAAGAACAACUUAAACCCAUGCUGGAGGAAGUUCAGUGUUCCCUUGCAGACAUUCUGUGGUGGAGAUUUUAAUAAACCCAUCAAGGUCCAGUGUUCAGAUCAUGACAGCGACGGGUCGCAUGACUUGAUAGGCACUUUUGAAACUACCCUGACUCAGCUGCAGAAAGGUGACAGCUCUCCGGUGGAAUUUGAAUGCAUUCAUCCUGAGAAGAAACUAAAGAAAAAGAGCUACAAAAACUCUGGCAUUAUUAGAAUAAAAUCCUGCAAGAUUGAGACAGAAUAUUCCUUCCUGGACUACGUCAUGGGAGGCUGCCAGAUUAACUUUACAGUGGGUGUGGACUUUACUGGCUCCAAUGGAGAUCCCAGGUCACCAGAUUCUCUUCACUACAUCAGCCCGGAUGGGAUAAAUGAGUACUUGAUUGCCAUUUGGAGUGUGGGAAGCGUGGUCCAGGAUUAUGACACGGACAAGCUGUUUCCUGCAUUUGGGUUCGGAGCUCAGGUUCCUCCUAACUGGCAGGUAUCUCAUGAGUUUGCUUUGAACUUCAACCCCAGCAACCCUUAUUGUCAAGGGAUCCAAGGAAUAGUGGAUGCCUAUCGCCAGAUCCUGCCUCAGAUCCGACUCUAUGGGCCAACCAAUUUCUCUCCUAUUAUAAACCACGUGGCAAGGUUUGCAGCACACUCGGCACAACAAGGAACUGCUUCACAAUAUUUUAUCUUGCUGAUCAUCACAGAUGGAGAGAUCACUGACCUGGACCAAACUAGGCAAGCAAUUGUUAAUGCCUCUAAGCUACCAAUGUCCAUCAUUAUUGUGGGAGUUGGUGAAGCUGAUUUCAAAGCAAUGGAGUUCCUUGAUGGAGAUAAUGGUGUCCUGAAGUCUCUGACAGGAGAACCAGCUGCACGAGACAUUGUCCAGUUUGUGCCCUUCCGACAGUUCAGAAAUGCUCCCCAGGAAGCACUUUCCCAGACAGUUCUGGCUGAAGUACCUAAGCAGCUGGUGUCCUACUAUAAGUGGCAGGGAUGGCCACCCGUGAAACCACCUGAAGUAAAGAUAAUGUAGAUUGCAGCCUGACCUGGCUGCCUGUGGCACUGGCGUGAAAAGAGCUGUCUGCACCCACGCUCUCCCUUGCACACUGUGGGUUCUUGGCACCUCAAGAUCGUAUCAUUCACACUAACCUCUUACCUGCUUUUGCUCUGUAUCUUUGAUCUUUCCUGUUCCUCAUCAGAGGGAAUGUAAAUA